GAGAUCACGAUGAUGACCAUGAUUAUGUCUAAUAAAUACUGCAAUUUACUUAUAGCAUCUUUCUAACUUUUCUGCUUCUUGCUGGCAAGAAGAUUUCAAACAUGAACUCAUCGAAGAAAUUAUUCGUUUUCCUCCGUCAACCCCAGCGGAUACACACUGCACGCACACAAAUACAAUCGCCACAAUGUUUAUUACCGAGAUGUUCCCGGCGAUGGAGCUCAGUAUCUCAACGCCCAGGAGCAGAUCAUGUCCAUUUUCCAGGUGCAGUCAAUAGCAAAUUCACUACCAAUUUGGAAUUCCAGCGUCCUUCAACGCACCCCGCCAUUCCCACAUACAGGAUCAUGGACUCGGACGGCAUCAUAGUAGACGAGUCUCGAGCGCCAAAGGAUGUUAAAGAUGAAGAUGCCAUACAGUGGUACAAAGACAUGCUUACGGUCAGCAUCAUGGACCUCAUCAUGUUUGACGCCCAAAGACAGGGCAGGCUUAGCUUUUACAUGGUAUCAGCCGGCGAAGAAGGCAUAGCAGUGGGCUCCGCAUCUGCUUUAACCCCCGAGGACGUCGUAUUCGCACAGUACCGCGAAGCCGGAGUGUUCCAACAGCGUGGCUUCACUCUCGACGAGUUCAUGAGCCAGCUUUUCGCCAAUCGCAACGACCAUGGGCGCGGCCGUAACAUGCCCGUCCAUUACGGCAGUCGCAAGCUCAACAUUCAUACAAUAUCAUCACCACUCGCGACUCAAAUCCCACAAGCAGCUGGCGCCGCGUACGCUUUAAAAAUGCAGGCUUUACAAAACCCUAACGUCGCACCACGCAUCGUAGCAUGCUAUUUCGGCGAAGGAGCCGCCAGCGAAGGGGACUUCCACGCUGCGCUCAACAUUGCCGCGACUCGAUCCUGUCCUGUGGUAUUCGUUUGCCGGAACAAUGGCUACGCAAUAUCAACACCCACACUCGAGCAGUACCGAGGCGACGGCAUCGCCAGCCGAGGCGUAGGAUACGGCAUUGACACGAUCCGCGUUGACGGGAACGACAUUUUUGCCGUGCGCGAAGUGACCAAGGAGGCGCGACGCAUGGCGCUCGAAGGCGGCGGACGGCCUGUACUAAUCGAAGCAAUGAGCUAUCGAGUCUCGCAUCACAGCACGAGCGACGACAGCUUUGCGUAUCGCGCGCGCGUCGAGGUCGAGGACUGGAAACGCAGAGAUAAUCCCAUUACGCGCCUGCGCAAGUGGAUGGAAGGAAAGGGCAUAUGGGAUGAAGAAAAAGAGAGCGAAGCGAGGACGACUAUUCGAAGGGAUAUUCUGAAAUCGUUUGCCGCGGCGGAAAAGGAAAAGAGACCCCCGCUCAGAGAAAUGUUUACGGAUAUUUAUGAAGACCUCAGCGAAGAGAGUCUAUCCCAGAUGAAAGAGCUUAAGGCCGUCUUGGAACGGUAUCCAGAGGAGUAUGACUUGGCGGCGUUUGAGGGGGGGAAGGAUGGAUUAUAGUCGUAGCUAUGAUAAUGUACCUACCUAGCUAGUUUAAUUCUACCUUCGUAACGGUAAAACAUCAAUGUUUGUACCACUUCCCUUGUAUCAAGUAUUCCGGGGGCG